AUGGAGGGCAUCAAGAAGAGACUCUUUAUUUCAUCAAUUUCACCAACAAUGGUGUUUCUCUUUCUAGCUUUUGCUAUUCUUCUCAUUCUACCAACUGCAUCAGCUUCAAGGAUUUUGGUGGGUGGUAAGAAGGGUUGGAACACAAAUUUCAACUACACUACUUGGGCUAAGGACAUGCAUUUCUACAAUGGUGAUUGGCUUUUUUUUGUGUAUGAUAGGAACCAAAUGAAUGUACUAGAAGUAAACAAAACAGAUUACGAAACAUGCAACUCCGACCACCCGCUUCACAACUGGACAACCGGAGCUGGAAGAGAUGUCGUUCCAUUGAACGUGACUCGACAUUACUAUUUCAUAAGCGGCAAAGGGUUUUGCUUUGGUGGAAUGAAAAUAGCUGUUCAUGUUGAAAAUCUUCCUCCACCACCAAAGGCUUCACCUAUAAAAUCUUUUGCACCAUCUCUUAAAGGCCAUAACAUCCUUCUCAUGCCUAUUGUUUUUGCUAUUGGAGCAGCUUGGGAUUCAUUCAUUUAUUUAUGGUAA